UGUGCGCGGGAGCGAGAUCGCGAUCAUUAUCCUCUCGUCACAAAGAGCGAGCGUACUCGGGGUCGCAGAGUCCCCGAGCGUGCAUUCUCGCAGUCAUUGCUGCGAAUUGAAGGUAGCCGCGAGCGAGUGAGCGAACGAGCGAGUGACAGUAUCGAGAAUCGAGACAGGUUCGUUUGUUCGCGGCGACGUUCACCGCGGGGAACGAACAGAAGCGAAGGAGCCGUGAGGCGAGAGGGCAGGCGUUGCAAGCCUCGGCCUCUCGUGCGCGCGAGAAUCCGAUAAUCGAUCGCGGGCGUCGGACCGCCGCGCUGGGGAAGUCGGGCAACCGAGUAGCGUCGCGACGCACAGCGUGCACGCUCGGCACUCGCCGCUUCCGUGGAUCGUGUUGGAGCACCGAGCCAGUAUGGCCGUAGGACCUCAGCUGUUUUCACGUCACUGCCUACGUAUCUGAGAAAGAGAACAAGAGAAGAAAUUAUUGCCAGUACCGCCGGCUUGAUCCGACGUUGAGUUGAAAAAAAGAGAAAAAAAAUACUGGAAAAAUGUCGUCGGUUAAAGUAGCGGUGAGGGUACGGCCCUUCAACUAUCGCGAGAUCACUCGUCAGGCACAAUGUAUAAUAGAAAUGACGGGGAGUACUACUUCCAUAACGAAUCCGAAAGCUACACCAGGAAGCAAAGAAGCAACCAAGAGCUUCAAUUAUGACUAUUCCUACUUUUCUAUGGACCCAAAUGAGGAAAACUACUCGACGCAGCUCAUGGUUUACAAGGAUAUCGGCGAAGAAAUGUUGGAACACGCUUUCGAAGGUUAUAACGUUUGCAUUUUUGCAUACGGCCAAACUGGCGCCGGUAAAUCUUACACUAUGAUGGGCAAGCAGGAAGAAGGGCAGGAAGGAAUAAUACCACAGAUUUGCAAGGAUCUGUUUAGGAAAAUCAGUUAUACGUCUAAUGAGCGAUUGAAAUAUUCUGUAGAAGUGAGUUAUAUGGAAAUUUAUUGCGAGAGGGUGCGCGAUUUGUUAAAUCCGAAAAAUAGGGGAAAUCUUCGAGUAAGAGAACACCCGCUAUAUGGACCCUACGUCGAAGAUCUUUCCAAGCUGGCCGUUUUGUCGUACGAAGACAUUCAUGAUCUCAUAGACGAGGGUAACAAGGCCAGGACUGUCGCAGCAACCAACAUGAACGAAACAUCUAGCAGAUCACAUGCAGUUUUCACGAUAUUCUUUACACAGCAGCAACAGGACUGUAUUACUGGUUUGAUGACGGAAAAAGUUAGCAAAAUAUCGCUGGUCGAUCUGGCUGGAUCCGAGAGAGCUGAUUCGACAGGUGCGAAAGGGACACGAUUGAAAGAAGGAGCUAACAUUAACAAGAGUUUAACGACUCUCGGGAAAGUUAUCAGUGCUCUAGCCGAAAUUGCGGCAACGAAAAAGAAGAAGAAAGCCGAUUUUAUACCAUACAGAGACUCCGUUUUAACAUGGUUAUUGCGGGAGAACUUGGGCGGAAAUUCGAAAACUGCUAUGAUUGCGGCAAUUAGCCCUGCCGAUAUCAAUUAUGAUGAGACGCUUUCAACCUUACGAUAUGCGGAUAGAGCGAAACAAAUCGUUUGCAAAGCCGUGGUCAACGAGGACGCGAAUGCCAGGCUUAUCAGAGAACUCAAAGAAGAGAUACAGAAACUACGGGAACUUCUAAAGCAGGAAGGCAUCGAUGUGCAAGAAGGGCCAGAUGGCAAAAUUACAUACGAAAAGAAAGAACCUAGGGACGAAAUUAUCAGAACGAACAAGCGGAACGAAGAAGACAAGGAAUCUCGACCGAGGCUUUCGUCUCACACUACUUCCACUAUUGCCGAAGAGGCGGUUGAACAAUUGCAAGCGUCCGAAAAAUUGAUUGCAGAACUGAACGAAACAUGGGAAGAAAAGUUGAAACGAACCGAAUCGAUUCGCUUGCAACGCGAGGCAGUAUUCGCCGAAAUGGGAGUCGCGGUGAAAGAGGAUGGCGUUACAGUAGGCGUCUUCUCUCCUAAGAAGACACCACACUUGGUGAAUCUGAACGAGGAUCCGCUCAUGUCGGAGUGUCUGAUCUAUUAUAUCAAGGAUGGAUUCACGCGCAUCGGUAGCGCUGAAGCGCAAGUGCCCCAGGAUAUCCAACUGUGUGGCCCACACAUACUUAGGGAGCAUUGCGUUUUCGAGAACCACGAGGGGAUUAUAACUCUCAUACCGAAGACCGGAGCCUUGAUUUAUGUCAACGGUCGCGAGGUAACCGAGCCACUUAUCCUAACGACUGGUUCACGUGUCAUCCUGGGAAAAAGCCACGUUUUCCGAUUUAAUCACCCAGAUCAAGGUAUGCGAUAUUUAAAUUUAUUUGUUAACGAAUCGCAAACAUCUAUUAAAUUAAAAAUAAUUGAACUUUUGUUUAAUAAUUGUACAGUACGCGAACGGAUAGCGAACGGGUCCCCGGCAGAAACUCCCGGCAAUAACGAACCAUUAGCAGAUUGGAAUUUCGCACAGGUCGAGCUAUUAGAAAAACAGGGUAUCGAUCUAAAGGUUGAGAUGGAGAAGAGACUACUUGUACUGGAAGAACAAUUCCGUAAAGAAAAGGAGGAAGCUGAUCAGUUGUUCGAAGAACAGCGAAAGAGCUACGAAGCGCGGAUAGACGCACUGCAGAGGCAGGUGGAGGAACAAAGUAUGACAAUGUCUAUGUACAGCAGUUACACACCGGAAGACUUCAACAACAUCGAGGAAGAUAUUUUCGUCAACCCAUUGUUUGACGCAGAGAGCAACUGGACCGAGAGAGAGUUUCAACUGGCCGCUUGGGCCUUCCGCAAGUGGAAAUAUCAUCAAUUCACGAGUUUACGGGACGAUCUUUGGGGCAAUGCGAUAUUCCUUAAAGAGGCUAAUGCUAUAUCUGUUGAACUUAAAAAGAAGGUUCAAUUUCAAUUUACCUUACUUACGGACACCCUUUAUUCACCACUUCCUCCGGAUCUUUUACCCGUCAUGGACGAAGAAGAGGAGGAUGAAAGGCCAUUUCCACGCACGAUCGUUGCCGUCGAGGUCCAAGAUAUGAAAAAUGGUGCUACACAUUAUUGGACGUUGGACAAAUUAAGACAGCGCUUGGAACUGAUGAGACAUGUGUACAACGAGGACUCGAGCCCCAGCACUCCGGAGGCCAAAGAGGAUAUUUUCCAAUGCCUUACAGUCUACUCUAAUCCGAAGUUCUCGCUCGCAAAUCUUUUGCCUUCGAGGCAAAGGCUGGAAUUGAUGCGCGAGAUGUACCACAACGAGGCUGAACUCUCACCUACAUCUCCAGAUUUCAAUAUCGAAUCGAUCACAGGAGGCGAUCCAUUUUACGACCGCUUUCCGUGGUUCCGCAUGGUCGGCAGAUCUUUUGUAUAUCUGAGCAACCUCAUGUACCCGGUGCCGUUAAUUCACAAAGUAGCCAUCGUGAACGAAAAGGGCGACGUUAAGGGUUACUUACGAGUUGCUGUACAGGCCGUAGUUGAAGAGGAAAACAGUGAAUACUCAAGUGGCGUCAGACAAUCAGCACGAAUCUCCUUUGAAGAUGACUUAUUUGGCGGGCACAAGCAUAACAAGCGUAGCUCGCUUCUGGCUCAAACUCUAGAGAAAAAUCGGCAGAUUUUGCUGCACGAGGAACGCGUGGUUGAAGGGCACAACGAGAUCAAUCAGAAGGACAUGAAGGACGAAGAUGAUAUAGGGGAUGCCGACAGUGGCAGAGGCGACAGUUCGGUCUCGAGCGACAUGAAGGAGGAAGAGUUGCCGGAUCACUUGCAACCUGGUGCAGAAUUCACUUUUAGGGUAACGGUCCUACAAGCUAUGGGCAUUUCCACGGAAUACGCUGACAUUUUCUGUCAGUUCAAUUUCUUACAUCGGCACGAUGAAGCUUUCUCGACAGAGCCGGUAAAGAACACGGGCAAGGGUAAUCCACCCGGAUUUUAUCACGUACAGAAUAUUACAGUCACGGUUACUAAAUCCUUCUUGGAAUAUUUGAAGACUCAACCUAUCGUCUUCGAAGUGUUUGGUCAUUAUCAGCAACAUCCGUUGCACAAGGAUGCGAAACUAGAAUACGUACGACAGCCACCAAAAAGGAUGCUUCCGCCAUCCAUACCGAUUAGCCAGCCAGUUCGUUCGCCGAAAUUCGGGAGUGUUCUACCGUCUCCUAGCACGUCGCAUGUGCACGCCAAGUACGACGUGCUGGUGUGGUUUGAAAUCUGCGAAUUGGCACCAAACGGCGAAUACGUGCCAUCAGUAGUAGAUCACAGCGACGAUCUGCCGUGUCGUGGACUAUUUUUGCUUCAUCAGGGAAUACAGCGACGUAUACGAAUCACUAUUGUGCACGAACCGGCCUCCGAAUUGAGGUGGAAAGAUGUACGCGAACUUGUGGUUGGCCGCAUUCGAAACACCCCGGAACCAGAGGAAGAAGAUAAUGAUUCGUCUGUGCUUUCGUUGGGUCUAUUCCCAGGCGAAUAUCUCGAAAUUCCUGGUGACGAUCGAACCAUGUUCAGAUUCGAAGCAGCCUGGGAUAGCUCCCUGCAUAACUCAACUUUGCUCAAUCGAGUCACGUCUUACGGAGAGCAAAUCUUUAUGACCAUCUCUGCGUAUCUCGAGCUGGAGAAUUGUGGAAGACCUGCGAUUAUCACGAAAGAUCUAAGCAUGAUCAUCUACGGCAGAGACGCGAGAGUUGGACCACGCUCGCUUAAACACCUAUUUAGUGGCAGCUAUCGCAACCAGGAAGCAAAUCGGCUCAGCGGUGUCUACGAAUUGGUGCUACGUCGUUCUUCGGAAGCAGGUAGCCCAGGAGUUCAAAGACGUCAACGUCGCGUCUUGGAUACGAGCUCCACAUACGUCCGGGGCGAGGAGAACCUGCACGGAUGGAGACCGCGCGGAGACAGUCUCAUAUUUGAUCAUCAGUGGGAGCUCGAAAAGUUAACAAGGCUAGAGGAAGUGGAGAGAGUGCGGCAUACAUUGUUAUUGCGGGAGAAACUCGGCAUUGACAAAAUACCAUUCUGCAAUAAACCUCUGCACGACUUUACGAAGAGCGAAAAGGAUGUCUGUAAUAUGGUGGCGAAGGCCACGAACGAGCCACAUGCCAGCCCGGUGAAACUGAAACGUUCGACGAGUAAAGACGUUUACGAACCUUGGGAAAUGACCGAAAGAGAGCGCGAAUUGACGACCAAGUACAUUAAACUCAUUCAAGGCAGAAUCCCGAGCAAGGAACCGAUAUUACUCUCCGAUGUUUCACCUGGCGAGGACACUAUAACCGAUUUAUCCACAUCUAUGAUGUCUUCAGUCAUAUCGUCCUCAUCUCAAGAGUCAGUAUAUGCGAGAGAUAACGAUUUCUUUGAGCAGGCUGCUGAUAUAAUAGUAUGGAGCAGGUCUAAGUCGUGCCUCCUUAGGUUGAGCUCACCGGAGAGGGCUAGGUUGCAAGAACUCCAGGAGAGUAUAUUGGCGAGCGAGUCGGCUAAUCAGACUUGCACUGUCGCACCACCGCCGCUCGGAUCAUCCUCGCCGUCGAAGGAAAAUUUGGUGUUAUAUGUACCAGAGGUGGAAGAGAUACGUAUUAGUCCGGUCAUCGCGCGGAAGGGUUACUUGAAUGUUCUCGAACACAAGACCAAUGGUUGGAAGAAACGUUGGGUGGCUGUCCGCCGACCGUAUGUUCUCAUUUUCCGAGAGGAGAAAGAUCCUGUCGAGAGGGCAUUAAUUAAUUUAGCUACAGCUCAAGUCGAGUAUUCCGAGGAUCAGCUGGCCAUGGUGAAAGUGCCGAAUACUUUCAGUGUCGUUACCAAGCACAGAGGAUACUUGCUACAGACUUUAGGCGAUAAGGAGGUCUACGACUGGCUGUAUGCGAUUAAUCCUCUUCUAGCUGGUCAAAUUAGGUCAAAGCUUGCCCGCAAAAGUCCGGCUGCUCCGAAUUUAAGCAACGGUGCGCCAAUUGGCAUAACACCGCAGUUGGAACAGCAGAGCAAUCAGACCAAGUGAGUGGUCGACACUAUGGCCGGGGUAACGAGUGCAAUAGCGAAGGCGUCGGAAAGAAUGCUGUAUUGGUCACACUCGGCCUUAGAGUCCCAAGACUUCUGUAACUUUCGUUUCCCGCUGAUCUUUGAUUGACCGGCUGGAGACGUCUCUUGAGACUAUCCAUGAUCGGCAGCAUAUAAUAUCGACGUUUUACUUUAUACAGCGUCCCCUUAGCACGUUGUAAGGCAGUCAGAGCGGGAAAAAAAGAAGGAAAAGAAGAUGGUGCUCGUCUUUCGAAGAAGUUACAAAUGCGCGUACAAAUGCAUUCGGUUAUACUGGAAAAAAUUCGUUUUUGAGUCUCUCCGUACAUUUCGAACUCACUUUCGAAGUGUUCCCCACGUCGACGAGACGAGAUCGCGCACACACGAGCGUGCGAAUGUUUUCGUUGAACUUUCAAUUCCGUAACGCGUAACAUAUAACGAAAUUAUGUGGUAUUCUUUAUUUAUGCGACGUGCGAGGAAAAUAGAAAAUGCAUUUAUGCCUAAUAAACAUAUUCCUAAGACGAUCACUGAAAAUCGGGUAAGAAAUACACGUUAUAGAUAUAUCUAUAGAAGAGGAAGUAUGCAAGAGAAAGUGAGAAAGAGAGGGAGAGAAAGAGAACAAUAUAAAGAGAGAAAGAGAGAGAAAACGAAAUAAACAAGAGACAAGAUAUUAAUAAUUUCAUACGCAAGCUUAUCGAUCGCUUAGUACGCGAAAGAUUAUUACGACGGAGAAAAAAAAGGAGCGUUAACAUUUUGUAAGAUGAUUCAGAGGCAAAUCGUUAAGAUCCGUUUAAGAUAGUACUCUAUCUAAGCAUUUUAGCAUCGUGAUGAUCGUUUAAAAGAGUAGAGACGAUUUUCUAUGAAGAUUACAUUUCCAUUUUUUUCCGUUCACUAUUCGUUUUCUUUUACUCGAUCAAGUAGAUUACACAUAUACCGAUACUGACUAUCCAAUUUCCAUAUGAAAGGUCGUACACGCUGCUGUACACGCAAUCGAUCGGCCGUCGCUCGAUGAAGAUUUUAUCUUCUUAAUUAAGGAUUCGUAAUUUUAGUUGCAAUGCGCACUGUAAGAUGGGAUAAUAUUGCUUCAAAGUAACACUAUAUAAUUUUGCAUUGGAAUGAAAAAGAUAUAAAGACUAAGAGGCGACGAAAGUAAGAGAAAAGAAGAGAAUCAUCACUCCUUAGGUGCAUUAAAUUCAUAAAAUAUUUUUUUAACAUAGUUUGAGACGUUUUUUUGCAUUGCAUCACGCUGUUAUUUUUGAUACAGAGUAAUUUUAUCCUGUCUUAACAUAUUUGCAAUUUUCUGCGCAAAUUUUUUAGUACCUGGCAGCUACCUGACAGCUUUAACUGUAUAAAUGGAUAAAGAGUUUAAAAGCAAAGAGGUGCAAAAAACGAAAGUCUUUAAGAACAAAUCGAAUACACAAACAAUAACUAAGCAUUUGUAACUCUUUGUUUCUAAGAAUCUUUGUUCAAAAAUAAUAGAAAUCUUGCAACGAUAAUAACAAUUUGUAUGAAAUUUUGUUACAAUUUUAAUGUGGAAUUAUGAGACUUAUAACCACAUUUUUUUCUUUAAGUCAGAAAGCAUAUGUGAAUGCAUUUUAAUACAAGUUUAUAACGUAUAUAAAAAUAUUAUUAACAAAGAUCGAAAUAAAGAGAAAAAGCAAAAAACUGCAAAUUUUAAGACAAACUGCAAAUCUUAAUGAAGUCUCGGAUUGUUAUCGUCGUUGCGACAGUGUUUCAUUGAAGAAAAUUAAUAUUCUAAUAAGCGGAAAAAUAGUAUUACUGCAAAAACUUCUUCGAAACACGAAUAGUUGCGCGUAGUCGGCAAGCGGCACGGUCGGCAAGAUGACGUAAGAAAUUUUCCAUUUAUAAUCGAUCGAGACCUACGUUGAUACGAAGCUAGGACGAAGCUUGGGGGUUUUCGCAUUUCGUAUUUCGCAGCAAGUAAAAUAGAUAAAAAUUACGCUAAUCUAUGGAUAUAAACGUCACACUCAGACACACCGUGUUUUCAUGUCUACUUAGAGUUUAAGCUCCUCGAAGACAUUCGCCACGUAGUAGGUACGGCAUGCACAUCUUUGGACCUGUCUGUAAGGAAUGCGCGUCGACAAACAUAAUUAAUGACUCCACGAGGAAAUAUUCAAUUUUGGAUUAUCGAAUUUAUUCACUUGCAGUUUGAAUGUAAUGAAACAAAAUUGAAAAUAUAUAAAGACAAAAACUUUUUUUAAGAAGUUAAAAUUACAGAAAAAAAUUAUAUCAUUUGAUCCAAUUUUCUUAAAAGCGAACGAUCAGCUUCUCCAAUUCCUUUCCUCUCCAGAGAGAAACAAAAGAUGAACGGUAGUCCGAUGUUUAAAAUUCGAUAACCCAAAAUUGAAAACUUCCUCUAAUAAAACGAUAGACGAUUGUUCCGAGGCUUUUACUAAUUUCUCUUACGUGUAACAAAUUUUGAAUAAUGGGUGCGGCUUUACAAAUACAUGUGUCUACCGUGCACCUCUCAUGACGGAGAACUCUCAACAACUUUGAUAUUAACUCACGAUAUAUGCGACUGCGGUGUCCAAAUUCGAGAUAUAAUCGAAGAAGGACUCGUUCUCUUGAUAUAUAUUAUAUAUAUAUAUAGCCUUUCACGAUGGUUGACAUGUAGUACUGAAAUAUUUCAUGCACAGCAAAAACCCGAUUUGUUUGGCUGCGUCCUAUCGAAUACAUUCUCCAUUGCUCACAUCACCAAAUCUAUCGAAAAAAGAUUUUGUAAAACGACUGCUACCAAUUCUCUUGGCAAAAUGUCAGCAGAGAUAUAAUGGAAUAUUAUAUUGAUUGCAAAAACCGAACAGAAUUUUGUAAGCAUUUAAAUGAUAUAUUCAAUUUAAAUUGGCUACGUUAAGCAGAAAAAGUAACAUUGCAAUUGCAAAAUUGUAAGAUUCUUUAAUGUAAUUAGUUUAUACAUUUAGAUCUAUGAGGAACUAAGGGUAAGAACCAAUUAAAGAAUCUUACAGUUUCAAAACUGAUUUUUCUACCGAACGCAACCAUAGUUAUGAAAUAACAUCUUACUCGGUUUUUGAAAUUUACUGUUAGAUUAUGUCAGUAGAGUCUGUUAGCAGAACACAAGCUCAACAUAAAUGCAAUUGAUGCCAAUAUCUAUAAAUAAUACUCAACUCGAAUCUGCUAACAAACUGCUAACAAACUGCUAUUGUUAAUUGUUUACUGGGCAGAUUUUUUUGCAAAAUAUCUGCCAUUUAUUCAGCAAAAUGCCAGUAAAUUGAUUACAAAAGCCGAGUAAAAUUCGAAAUCAUUAUGAAAUGAUAAAUUUUAUUCGGGUUUUGCUAACAAUUUGCUAUUUCUAUAAUCUAUUAUUCUAUUAUGUCGGCAAGCUCUGUUAGCAGAAUACAAACAAUGCGGAUACAGUUGAUCUGUCGCAGAAUUUUCUGACAAGUUAUUAGCAUGCCGCUAACAUUUUGUUUACUGGGGAGUAAACACCCAUGUACAAUUGAAGGUAUACGUGUACACAUAUUUUGUAAUUAUAUAGUGGACUCUAUAUCGCUUCUUCACAUUCCGCGAUUGCUACUUGGGAGCACGUCUGCGGUUCGGUAUAAGUUCUACAUAAUACUCUUUAUCACCCAAGUGUUAUCGUACUCCUUAGUUACUGUUCUUUCGAUAGGGAACCUCAUUCGAGCUCCUUUCGUAAGUGCGAAAUGUUCUUUAAAUGUUGCCCUUCCAUCGAAGUGGUCCAUCGAUUUCGUGUACCUUGAUGAUGUCUCUCAAGGGACAAGAUUCCGACCAAGAUUGUCUAAGAGGAAAGAUGGUCUCGACGUGUAAGUCGAUAUCGGAAUUUAACGGAAAACAAUCAUGAAUUCCUCGCUUGAUUCUAGUCAUAAAGGCGCUUCGCGCGUUUGAUCCUGAGAGGCCGAUUAUAUUUUUUUUUCAUUUUUCUCCGAUCGCUCACACACGAUUCUCGAUCGCGGCUUCACACCCGAGUGUAAACGCCCCGCCACCGAUUAUCCGUUUUCGCUUGCUGACUGUUGUAGUUAUCUGAUAGUUUUAUUUUGUUAAUGACACCACCGUAUGAUGUAUCGAGAAAUAAAUGCAUAAAUAUAUAAGUUGAACUCUAGACUCUCUAUCGACUAUGCCGAAGAGCAAAGUGAUGUACACGAUGAGGAGUAGGUGAAAGAGAAAGGACGAAAAGAGAAGUGCGUAUAUUACGAAAGGAAUUUACAUCGCAUUUAAGAGUCGUUGGAGAGAUUAAUAAUCAUUGUUAUUAUUAGAUGAAAUAUAAGAAAAAGAAACGGACAUGGCGAGAAUGAGAGUGUAAAAGAGACUGAAAGACAGGGAAAGAGAAGAAAAAGCGCGAGAGAGAGAGAGAGAGAGAGAGAGAGAGAGAAAGAGGACCCGAGUGGAAAUGCGUGAAAGGAGAAAGUAUGUGAGAGAGCGCGAGAGGACACGUUCGCUUAUAUAUAUAACACAAAGUAUAAAUUAUAUAAAGAUAUAAAUAAAUUUAAUGUUACUUUAAUAAAGCAUUCCUUUGUGAAACAUUCGUGGAUCACCGCGAGACGACACGAUGAUGGGAUGGCUAACGACGCAAUGCGAUCUGUACCAAGUAUAUAAGUUCAUGUGUUUGUUUGUAAGGUAACCGGAUAUCCGUUACGAAAUAACGUUUUCGUUUGACCGUUUGCUAUCGGAAACGUGCAUCGAUGCUGUAACUAGUAUUUAUUAUAAAUAUUUAUUAUAAAUAUUAUAUUAUGGUUAUUCGAAUAUUUCGCUAGGCUCACUGUAAGUGGUAACGUGUAAUAAAUCGGUCAAUAAAAAGCUUAUAUGCUUAA